CUGGGAAUUGCGAACCACAAUUCUUGUUAUUUAAGAAUCCAGACAAUUAGAAGGUAUAAAAGCCAGGGGCAAACAAAAAACGUUUUGGAGGACCCAGAGGAAAAAAACAAAAAAACAAGACAGACAAAACGUUUGAGAAGAUGUGCAGAGUCGCUGUGCUGCUGUGUGUCGUGUUGCUGGUGGAGAUGGGGACAGUCCUCUCCAUCGAGGAGAAGCCAUGCCAGCCUGGGAUACCUGGCAUUCCUGGGGAGCGAGGCCCACAGGGUGUACCCGGCAGAGACGGCAGAGAAGGGCCGGCAGGACCCCAAGGCGAGAAGGGGGAUCCAGGUGCACCAGGAGAGAGGGGCCACAGGGGGCCCCCUGGUAAAGCUGGGCCCCCAGGAGCCUUUGACCCUUCCAUUCACGGAGGAAGUGCAGCGGAAGUGUGUGCAUUCCACGUGGGUCUGGGGGCGGGCGGCCCCACUGCUGGGGAGCCUAUCAAAUUCACUAAGGUGAUCUACAAUGAGCAGAAUGCAUACAGCCCAGCGUCCGGGAAAUUCACUGCACCCGUCCCCGGGCUUUACUUCUUUACCUAUCAGAUCACAGUGUUCAAAAACGACAUGUGGGUCACGUUGAUGAGGAACAAGCAGAAGGUCCAGUACACCUACAUGGCUGACUUGAAGAGGACCACUCAGGCGUCUGGGGCGUCUCUUCUGAAGCUCGGUGUGGGAGAGGAAGUGUGGCUGCAGGUUCACAGCUCUAAGAAUGGACUCUACGCAGAUGCAGACGACGACACCACCUUCACUGGGUUCCUACUGCAGCAGAUCAAUGGCUAGCAAUCACACAGCCUGUGCACUAAGAUAGCAACCACACAGCCUGUGCACUAAGAUAGCAAUCACACAGCCUGUGCACUAAGAUAGCAAUCACACAGCCUGUGCACUAAGAUAGCAAUCACACAGCCUGUGCACUAAGAUAGCAAUCACACAGCCUGUGCACUAAGAUAGCAACCACACAGCCUGUGCACUAAGAUAGCAAUCACACAGCCUGUGCCCUAAAUAGCAAUCACACAGCCUGCGCACUAAGAUAGCAACCACACAGCAUGUGCACUAGGAUAGCAAUCACAGAGCCUGUGCACUAAGAUAGCAAUCACACAGCCUGUGCACUAAGAUAGCAACCACACAGCCUGUGCACUAAGAUAGCAAUCACACAGCCUGUGCACUAAGAUAGCCAUCACACAGCCUGCGCACUAAGAUAGCAAUCACACAGCCUGCGCACUAAGAUAGCAAUCACACAGCCUGUGCACUAAGAGUUCAAUGUAAAGCAUUCAAAACGAGAUUUCUUUCUAUUUUUUUCUUCCCCUUAUGUGUCUGUUGCCAUUUAUGUCUGCAUUUAUCUGUAAAAAUAUAUAUGACGUGAAAUGUGUAGUUUUAGAAGAAACUAAAUGAGAUAAUGCACAAUAUAGAACAAUAACGCUAAAUAAACGGAUACAUUGACUCAGUAUCAUGAUGCAUGUAAAGGAAUAACCAGCAGAUAGAUAGAUUUACAGUAAACAGAAAUAAAUGAGUGAAGUUAC